AUGAAUCAUCUCGAAGUCCUCGUGGUGGACGACGACGACGAUUUGAACGCCUACGUGACGAUGGGCUCUGUCUUAGUGAUCUCCAAUCGCGAGGCAAGAUCGCGAAUAGCGACGAAGUACUUUGCUUUCUCUUUAUUUUUCUCUAACGCACAGUGCAUUUCCUGUAUAUUAGCCCAUGAACUCGCGCACAUGCUCUCACGCCACCCCGUGGAAUCGAUGCUCCGCUGGACGUCGCUGGCGUACCACGUGUACAUCACGAUGGUGCCGGAUUUGGUGGUGAUGCCGUGCAUCAAGAGCGUCUUCGACCGCUGGGUGAGUCGCGAGCAGGAGCACGAGGCGGACUUCCAGGCGCUCUACUUGCUGAAACGCGCAGGCGUGGAGCCGAGGAAGCUGCUGGAGACACUGGCGUUGCUGCCGGAAGGGACGCAGUACCGAGAUGUUCUCUCUAAAACGAGGGAACUCGUGGAUAAUCAUCCGAGCGUGCCGAAGCGGAUCGAGUAUUUGAAGAGCCAGAUGGAAGGGUUUGAAGAGGAUUUUAAGGAACGAUAUCAGGUGAAGGAGAGGCCUGUAGAACAGCGGUCGUCCUUCACGAAGGUUUUGCUGUCUUUUGCUGGACUGUGCUAGAGAGUAGUAAAUGUAUAGUAGCUUGAAUCGCAAUGAA